AUGCUACACGAGUUGUUACUGGCACUAGUGGGCUACACCGGCGAUCUCAUAAUCGACGAGAGAGAGCACUCCUCUUCUCUCGGAAUCGACUCCCCCAUUUCCGACCACCCUACUUUCCACCUCGCUCCGGACAUCUCCUUCAUCCAACCCAGCGAAAGGGAUCUCAUACAAAGAAUCGUCACCUUAGGGUUUUACUACCGAGAGCUUGACCGCUUCGCCACCAGGUCUCGGAAUUUGAGCUGGAUAAGGUCUGCUAAGCCGAGUCCGGUACUCGCCGGAAAAGUUGAGAAGCCGAGCGUGUACCGGAGAGCCGUUGCCAACGGAAUUGUGGAGAUUCUCUCGGUUUAUAGGUCGGCGGUUCUUCACAUUGAGCAGAAAUUGUUGGCUGAGUCGGUUCCUAUACUGGCAACUGUGACUCAGGGCCUCACUAAGUUUUUUGUGCUUUUGCCGCCGCUGUAUGAGCUCAUACUGGAGAUUGAGAGGGAUGACAUUUGCGGCGGUCAGCUGCUGAAUCUUUUGCAUAAACGAUGCCAUUGUGGAGUGCCGGAGUUGCAGACGUGCAUUCAGAGGCUUCUUUGGCAUGCACAUCAGGUCAUGUACAACCAGUUAGCAGCAUGGAUGGUGUACGGGAUCCUUCAAGACCAGCACGGAGAGUUUUUCAUUAGGAGGAUGGAAGAUAAGGAUGUAGAGUCAUCUCAUCAAGACAUAUCUGAAAAGCUGGCACGUAUGUCAACGGACGACACAUCCGAUUGGCACUUGGGAUUUCAUAUCUAUUUGGAUAUGCUGCCCGAAUAUAUCCAGAUACGUGUUGCAGAAUCAGUAUUGUUUGCUGGCAAGGCCAUCAGGGUUCUUCGCAAUCCAAGCCAUGCCUUUCGAUUUCAGGAUGAUGUAUUACACCAGCAGGUGCCAAGGGGAUCUCAGAAAAUCCAAGGAUUUUCAGGACGUUUCCCAUUUCACAAAGACCCUUUUGUUGAGAAAGAAUUGAUUGGCGAAGAAAUGCUUCCACAGUCUGAGGCCGAUAAGAUUGAAACUAUGCUUCUGGAACUAAAGGAAUCAUCUGAGUUCCACAAAAGAUCCUUUGAAUGUGCAGUUGACUCAAUACGGGCUAUUGCUGCCAGUCAUCUUUGGCAGCUUGUGGUUGUACGUGCUGACUUGAAUGGUCAUCUAAAGGCACUGAAAGACUAUUUUCUGUUGGCAAAAGGAGAUUUCUUUCAGUGUUUUCUUGAAGAGAGCCGCCAAUUGAUGCGGCUACCUCCUCGCCAGUCAACUGCUGAGGCUGAUCUUAUGGUCCCUUUCCAGCUGGCUGCUCUUAAGACUAUAGGUGAGGAAGACAAACAUUUCUCUAGAGUAUCCUUGAGGAUGCCUUCAUUUGGGAUGGCUAUUAAAUCUUCCCAAAUAGAUGUACCAAAGACAGAUGGAAAUUCAGGCACUGCACAAUCAAGUGCUUCUUCAGAUAUAACCCUUGAUGGUUGGGAUGGGAUUGCUCUUGAAUACUUUGUUGAUUGGCCCUUGCAGUUGUUCUUUACCCCAGAAGUGCUCUCUAAGUACUGCCGGGUUUUCCAAUAUUUGCUGAGGCUCAAGCGAACACAAAUGGAAUUGGAGAAAUCAUGGGCCUCUGUAAUGCAUCAGGAUCACACAGAUUUUGCCACACAUCGGAAUGAUCGUGUAAAAUGCUCGGUAUCACAACAGCGAAGGCAGCGAAGCAGACCAAUGUGGCGAAUUAGAGAGCAUAUGGCUUUCUUGAUCAGAAAUCUUCAAUUUUAUAUACAGGUGGAUGUGAUAGAAUCCCAAUGGAAUGUUCUGCAAGCUCAUAUCCAAGAUUCUCAUGACUUUAAUGGACUUGUAGGCGUCCAUCUGGAGUACUUAAAUGCUCUAAUUUCACAAUCUUUCUUGGACAUUGGCUCUUUAUCAAGGAUACUUGACAGCAUAAUGAAACUUUGCAUUCGUUUCUGCUGGAACAUUGAGAACCAAGAAAGCAGUGCAAAUACAUCUGAAUUGGAACAUAUUAUAGAGGAAUUCAACAAGAAAUCGAACUCCCUGUACACGAUAUUGCGCAGUAGUAGGCUUGUAGGGAGUCAGCGAGCCCCAUUUCUUAGGCGUUUUCUGAUGCGUCUGAACUUCAAUUCCUUCUUUGAGGCCACAGCUAGAGGUGUGCUGAAUGUUGGUAGACCCCACCCUGCAGUGUCUGUUUUGAAUCAACAGUAGCAUCUGUCUUACUAAAGGGGUUCAAAGUGAUCCAGAUUAUCUUCAGUACUAUACCAUUUUGGUGGUGCCCCUUACAGAUUAAUGUAUGUUUUUCCAUAGUCAAAUAUCCAGAUUUAGUGGGGGCCGUGAGAUUUUUGGUUGUUGAUGUUUUGGGGCCGUGAGAUUUCUGGUCAAAUCCCUCCUAGCUGUGAAAUCCAUGAAAGAUCAGUUAGCGAUUUUAUAUUUGGUAGCUUGGACUUGUGGGUGGACUUGUCACUUUGCAGCUUGCCGUUAACAUUGACAGUCAGUUGAUCUAUAAGUUGGGGUUUUUGGGUUGGAU